GCCUUCACAGAAUUCGUGCGCCUUACUUAGCGAAAGUAAGAAAAACUGAUUUAUUGUGAAAAGUCUCGUUGAACAAAAAAUUUGCAAAAAUUACCAACAAGAAAAAAGAGGAAAAUGAGGCAAUAGAAGUGCAAGAAAAGAAAAUGUUUUGAAAAUCACAAGGCACUGCAAGAGAGGACUACAUUUCACACAACAAUCUGUACGAUAUGGCUCAGACCUAAGCUGGGGCACAAACAACGAGCGGCAUGUUGCAUCUGAGGCUUUUCGAUAGCUCGUUCUAUUAUACGCUGGCCUCUGUGUCGUCGGGCAUGCUGCCACCCGCUCAGGCGGCCAAUGGCAGCCAUUUGACGUUGAAUGGCACAACAGUCGCAGCGCCAGUUGCGGAGGCUGCAGUUAAUCUGACAUAUUUUACACCUGCGAUCUCACACGUGAUGCUGGCGCCGACGCCAACGACCGCCAGUGCGGCCCAGACGACAGCGGCUACAAUAGCAGCAGCGGCAACAACAGCAACGGCAACGGCAACAGCAACAGCAAAAUUCAUUGUCAACUCUGAAAUCUGA